AUGCAGGGACUCGCGUCCCUCGGUUGUUAUGUGUUGGAACAUAGCGACGGUCUUACAUCAUCUCAACUCGACUCACACAACUGGGUGAGAGGGCCGCAGUGGCUGGCACUAGAGCCAUCUAGCUGGGAACUACGCUCUAUCGAUACUUUGAAUGGAAAAGAAAUUAUGGAAGAAAUGGAAACAUUUGAAAAUCCCUAUGUUGAAGAGUGUGAGAGUAAUAAUGAUAAUGCGAACUCAAUGUUCGUAGAUCUAUCGAGAUUUUUACGCUUCAACACAGCGUUACAAACUGUAUCUAGAGUUGCAAAAGUGCUGCACAAAUGGAUCAAUCGCUGUAACACUACUAGAUUGACAUCAAUUGCAAUAUCUACAGUCUCGCGCUUUGACUCAGUAAUUGACUGCGAAGAGAUGCGCUUAAAUGAAAAGUUAAUCAUAGCAUCAUUUCAUAAGAAUGCUAACAUGAAAAAAGUGCAAAAACGGUUUCGGAACCAAACAAUCGUAAAUGAAGAAAAUGGAAUCACAAGAUACAAAUCAAGAAUUCGAAAUGCAAAUCUACCUUUAGAUACAAAAAUGCCUAUUUAUAUCGAUAAUGACUCUGACUUUGCUAGACUCAUUAUUAUAGACUUGAAUUGCAACAAUGCUCACUGUGGCAAAGAUCACAUACUUUCUCUGGCUAGACAGAAGUAUUGGAUUCCGCAGCCAUCAAGAGCAAGAUUAAGAAGUACAUAA